AUGCUCCCGUUCUCCCAUUCGUCCCGUGCGUUCCGUGCUCUCGUUUGUCCCGUGCGCUCCGUGCUCUCGUUCGUCCCGUGCUGCCCCGUGCUUCCCGUGCUCCUGUUCGCCCCGUGCUUAGCCCGUGUCCUGCCCCGUUCUGCCCGAGUUGCCCCGUUCAGCCCGUGUCCCGCCCCGUUCUGCCCGUGUUGCCCGUGUUCUGCCCGUGAUCCUGCCCGUGAUUCUGCCCGUACUGCUGCCCGUGAUUGUGCCCGUGAUCAUACCCGUGUGCUGCCCGUAUUUUGCCCGUGUUCUGCCCGUGAUCCUGACCGUGAUUCUGCCCGUGAUUCUGCCCGUGUUGUCGCCCGUGAUUUUGCCCGUGAUUCUGCCUUGUUCCCCGUUCUGCCCGUGCUGCCUGUUCUGCCCGUGCUGCCCCGUUGUGCCCGUGUUGCCCCGUUCAGCCCUUGUCCUGCCCCGUUCGGCCCGUGUUCUGCCCUGUUCUGCCCGUGUUGCCCCGUUCAGCCCGUGUCCUGCCCCGUUCUGCCCGUGUUGCCCCGUUCAGCCCGUGUUGCCCCGUUCUGCCCGUGUUGCCCCGUUCAGCCCGUGUCCUGCCCCGUUCUGCCCGUGUUGCCCUGUUCUGCCCGUGCUGCCCCGUUCUGCCCGUUUGUACCCUACCCGUGCUGUCCGUACCCGUUGGUGCCCCACCCGUGCUGUCAGUUCUCGCUCGUGCCCCACCCGGUCUGUGCUGCCCGGUCUCGUGCUGCUCGUCACCCCCGUGCGGCCCGUCCCGUACAGCACCUAGUUGCUACCCGAACCCGCUACCCGUACCCGUGCUCCUCGCACACCGUGCACCAGCUGCGGGGCGUUCAACCGCAGCCGGGCACCUGUUCCACCGCGGUGGUUCAGAUGCUGCUUGGUGGUUGCUGCUUGUCAGCUUCAGAGGGGGCCCCUUGCUGGUGUUCCCACGCCCUGUAA